GGCUGGGAGCGGGCGGUCCCCUCCGCCGCUGGCUGCUCCGCCCGCCCGCGCACGGGCUGGGCCGCGGCAGAGCUGGGAGAGCAGAGCCCCGGCUCGCAGCUCCGGUCGGCCGAGCCGAGCGCAGGCACGGUCCCCGCGGCGCCAGCCCUGACCCCCGGCCGCCCGCUCAGCUAUGAGGGUCCUGAGCGCGCGCUUUCGGGUGCUACUGGCCUGCCUCGCCCUGGUGCUCCCUGUCUCAGAGACAAACUUCUUGUCAAAAGAGCGUGCUUCACAAGUCUUGGUGAGGAAGCGCCGUGCAAAUAAUUCCUUGCUUGAAGAAACUAGAAAGGGCAACCUUGAAAGAGAGUGCAUUGAAGAACUCUGCAAUAAGGAGGAAGCCCGGGAGGUCUUUGAAAAUAAUCCUGAGACGGACUAUUUUUAUCCAAAAUAUUUAGGUUGCUUGGGCAUAUUCCGCGUUGGCUCCUUCAGUGCUGCGAGGCAGUCGACUAAUGCUUACCCUGACCUUAGGAGCUGUGUCAAUGCCAUCCCAGACCAGUGUGACCCUAUGCCAUGCAAUGAAGAUGGGUAUCUGAGCUGCAAAGAUGGCCAAGCUGCUUACACUUGCAUCUGUAAACCAGGGUGGCAGGGAGACAGGUGUCAGUAUGAUGUAAAUGAAUGUAAAGAUCCCUCAAAUAUCAACGGAGGCUGCAGCCAGGUUUGUGACAACACUCCUGGAAGUUACCACUGCUCCUGUAAAAGUGGCUUUGCUAUGCUAGCAAAUAAGAAAGACUGCAAAGAUGUGGAUGAAUGCUCUAUAAAGCCGAGUGUCUGUGGCACAGCCGUGUGCAAGAACAUUCCAGGAGACUUCGAAUGUGAAUGUCCCGAUGGCUACCGCUAUGAUCCCUUGUCAAAAUCUUGUAAAGAUGUGGACGAAUGUGCUGAGAACAUGUGUGCUCAACUGUGUGUCAAUUACCCCGGAGGCUACUCUUGUUACUGUGAUGGGAAGAAAGGAUUCAAACUUGCCCAAGAUCAGAAGAGUUGUGAGGGUAUUCCAGUAUGCCUUUCCUUGGACCUUGACAAAAAUUAUGAAUUAUUAUACUUGGCCGAGCAGUUUGCGGGUGUUGUCUUAUAUCUGAAAUUUCGAUUGCCAGAUAUCACCAGGUUCUCAGCUGAAUUUGAUUUUCGGACAUACGAUUCAGAGGGCAUCAUACUGUAUGCGGAAUCUCUCGAUCAUUCCAACUGGCUCCUGAUUGCACUUCGGGAUGGGAAGAUUGAGGUUCAGUUUAAGAAUGAGUUUUCAACCCAAAUCACAACUGGAGGCAAUGUUAUUAACAAUGGUAUAUGGAAUAUGGUGUCUGUGGAAGAAUUAGAUGACAGUGUUAGCAUUAAAAUAGCUAAGGAGGCUGUGAUGAAUAUAAAUAAAUUCGGGAGUCUUUUUAAGCCUACCGAUGGAUUUCUGGACACCAAAAUAUACUUUGCAGGCUUACCUCGGAAGGUGGAAAGCGCACUCAUCAGACCGAUUAAUCCUCGUCUGGAUGGAUGCAUACGAGGCUGGAAUUUGAUGAAGCAAGGGGCUUUAGGUGCAAAGGAGAUAAUUGAAGGAAAACAAAAUAAACAUUGCUUCCUCACUGUGGAGAAGGGCUCCUACUACCCUGGUUCCGGAAUUGCUCAGUUCAGCAUAGACUAUAAUAACGCAACUAAUGCAGAGGGUUGGCAAAUGAAUGUGACCUUGAAUAUCCGACCAUCCACUGGCACUGGAGUCAUGCUUGCUUUGGUUUCUGGGGACACAGUGCCCUUUGCCUUGUCCUUGGUGGAUUCUCACUCUGGAACGUCUCAGGAUAUUGUGGUAUUUGUUGAAAAUUCAGUGGUGGCUCGAUUAGAGGCCAUAACUUUGUGCUCGGACCAGCCAUCCCAACUGAAAUGCAAUGUUAACAGAAAUGGCCUGGAACUGUGGACCCCACUUAGAAAAGACGUCAUUUACUCUAAAGAUCUUCAAAGGCAACUCGCUGUCUUGGACAAAGCAAUGAAAGGAACCGUGGCCACGUACCUGGGAGGCAUUCCAGAUAUUACCUUCAGUGCCACACCGGUGAACGCCUUUUACAACGGCUGCAUGGAAGCGAAUAUCAACGGAGUACAGCUGGAUCUGGAUGAAGCCAUUUCUAAACAUAAUGACAUCCGAGCUCACUCGUGUCCAUCAGUGAGGAAAAUCCAGAAGAACUUCUAGAGUCUGUUUCCUGUACUUAUAAUAUCUCUUUUCUGGUUGUUAUUAUGCUCCUGUUCCUCUCACCAGCUGGCCAGUGUUACCUGUGAUGUGCAAUGUUUAAAUAUGAUAUGGUACUUUGUCUUUCAGAUUUUUGUUACAUAAAUCACACAUUUUUGAAAACUCUUGCACUCGUUGCUGUCUAGAAAUUAAAUAACGAAACACAUGAAACAUUUAAAUUUCAAUUUAUUUCCUAUAAAAUGACACUGCUUUAGGUUUUUAUUUUAAAAGUAAGACUCACCACCAUGGAACUACUAUAUAAAUGCCCUGUUUUUCUCAGAAGACGAAUCAGUUAAACCCAAACGAAAGCCCACGUGACUAAAUGCUAACAGUUGCAGAGAGACUGUAUUUUUUUUUCUUACUUUUUGCCCGUGAAAAACGGCAGAGCUGAUAUCAGAGGGUAUGUGAGGGUCUCAAAGCUUUAUUCCAAAGUAAUUCCUUGGAGUGUGGAGUGCCUAGUUUAGGCUUCAUUUUUCUUUUACCUGGCUUUACACUUGAGUCAACAUCUUCACAGAAUUAGAGGACAGAAGGGCAGAUUUUCACAGGAGCAGCACAUGAAUGUUGGGUCAAAGGCAUUGGUUUCUAUCAGAGACAGACGUCAGGUUAUGCCACAAGGGGCAUGACAUUGGGUGGACACGUCAUGCAGCCUAGGUUGUUUAGAGCAAACAAGGUCAGAGUCAGAAUAGCAGCUGUCCUUACUGAUGGGAAGGAGAGUGAACACAUUGGGAAAUUCAUGGUUGUCCUUCAGGUUGGGUUUUAAUUACUAAAGGUGACUUGAAUGUGAUUGUUAAAGUUAAAAAAAAAAACACUGAUGAAAAGUUGAGUAGAUUUUUAUCAAAAGGAUAAUGAUAAGAGGGAUGCUGGAUAAUGUUAGGUGUUCUAUCUUUGUGGUGAAAGAAGUCUGGAGGUAAGAUUGUCCAAUAUUUGCUGAUGGGGCACUGCCAGUAGCAGGCCGUUUUGUUGUUCUUCCGGAACUGACGAUCAUUUCAGGUGUGUAUCAGACACGUGGCUGCCAUUUGAGAAAUUGGAUUUUAUGCUGCUGUAGAUAUUUUGCAUCACAUGAAACAUAAUAAAAUGAUACAUAUUUUUAAAAUA